AUGGCAACCAAUAAACAAGGUAUGGAUGAACAUGGUAAUACACAAUUGCCAACGAAAGCAGCUACAGAAGGUACACUUGCACCAGAAAAGGAAGCUGUUGUUGAACAUAUAACAACAAAACCUGUGCUUACAGGUAGUAAUUUAGAUGGAAUGAAUUCACAUGGUGAUACGGUUGUACCUGAAAAAGCAGCUGAAGCUAAUCUUGAUCGUCAUAUACAUGGUUUGCAUCCACAUACAGCAAAAGAAUAA